UCCACGGAUGACAUAAGCUUGAUAAAAGACUCUGCUACUGUUGUGAAGCACCAUGGAACAGAACAAUGGUACGGCUUUCCGGACCGACAUUCAACCGUGUCAGAAUGGCCACACAGCCAACGGCAUGGAGAAAAUGCCUGAUAACAAAGACAACGAAGACGAGCCACUGCUAAGAGAAAACCCAAGGCGGUUUGUCAUCUUCCCCAUCCAGUACCCAGACAUCUGGAGGAUGUACAAGCAAGCCCAAGCAUCCUUCUGGACAGUGGAAGAAGUAGAUUUAUCCAAAGAUCUCGUACACUGGGACAGCUUGAAGCCAGAUGAACGACACUUCAUAUCUCAUGUGUUGGCUUUCUUUGCUGCUAGUGAUGGUAUAGUGAACGAGAACCUUGUCCAGAGGUUCAGCCAGGAGGUCCAGGUUCCAGAGGCUCGCUCUUUCUACGGCUUCCAGAUCCUCAUCGAGAACGUCCACUCAGAGAUGUACGGCAUGCUCAUCAACACGUACAUCAGAGACCUCCAGGAGAGGGACUACUUAUUCAAUGCCAUCCAGACCAUGCCCUGUGUGAAGAGGAAAGCAGACUGGGCUAUACAGUGGAUCUCAGACAGCAAGUCAACCUUUGGGGAGAGACUGGUUGCGUUCGCUGCAGUGGAGGGUAUUUUCUUCUCGGGGUCCUUUGCUGCCAUCUACUGGCUGAAGAAGAGAGGCUUGAUGCCCGGACUCACCUACUCCAACGAGCUCAUCAGCAGGGAUGAGGGUCUGCACUGUAAUUUUGCCUGCCUGCUGUACAGUCACCUGGUGAAGAAGCCGGCGGGGGACAGAGUCAAAGACAUCAUCACCAAAGCCGUCAGCAUCGAGCAGGAGUUCCUGACAGAGGCGUUGUCUGUGGACCUCAUUGGCAUGAACUGCAACCUGAUGAAGCAGUACAUUGAGUUUGUGGCUGACCGACUGCUCAUAGACUUGGGAAUGUGCAGAGUAUACAAGGCUGAGAACCCAUUUGACUUUAUGGAGUCAAUCUCAUUGGAAGGGAAGACCAACUUCUUUGAGAAGAGAGUUGCUGAAUACCAGAGAUUUGGAGUGAUGUCAAGUAUGAAGGACUGUACAUUCACCCUAGAUGCUGACUUUUAAUCUAACAAAAAAUAUUUAUUAUAGUUUUUAUUUUUUGGUGUUUUACGAUGGAGUCUGUUACAUAUCACGGUCCUCAGAGACUUACAUUACAGGUUAAGAAAUGCUUGCUGUGUGUGUGUGUGUGUGUGUGUGCGCGUGCCUGCGUGCGUGCAUGCGU